AAGUAGUAUAAAAUGGCUGCAUUGUGCCAUCAUUACUCAACAAACCCAUUAGCAACCCAUUAUCUCACAAUUAUAAAAUACAAAAGAGUUACCCCAUUGAGCAUCUUGCAUCUUAAGUCGUAUUAAUUAAGUGAAACAAUUUGAUUUUCUUGUUGUUGUGUAUUAGAUUGUGUUCUCUCUCAUUUGUCAAUGGAAAUUCAUUAUCUCAUGUUAUUAAACAAAUGAUACAAAGUAAAUACACUAGUAGUCUUUGUCCCCCAUUUAGAAAAAAAUAAUACUAAUAAUUUGGAGAAAACCUUUUAUCUUAAUAAUAACAAAACAGAGACAUUAAAUCUGCAAGCAAAUUGCAAUAAUUGUUAUCCUCUCUAUUGACUCUUUCUCCCCUGCAAAGAGAAAUGGCUUAUGCUGCUAUCUCUUCACUUAUGCAUACAUUGAACCAACUCUUGAAACCUGAUCAAUCUUUGGUUUGUCGAUGUUGUACACAACAACAUCUCCAAUCUAUUUAUCAAAAUCUUUCUGCUCUGCAAGAUUUCCUUGACGAUACUACCACAAGGGAUAUUCAAACUCUUAAGGUUAUAGAAAACAGGAUCAGAAAUGUAGUUUACAAAGCAGAAGAUAGAGUUGAUUCAAGUCUAAGAAGCAUCAUUCUAGCAGAUUGCGAGCACAAGAGGCAAAAGGCUUGUACAUCCUUUUAUGAAGAAUUGUUGAAAGUGGAACAACAAGUUUAUUUUCUAAACAAAGAGGUGAUGUUAAUCGAGUUUAACAACCAUGGAAGUAAAUCUGAAGAAUUAGCAAGAAUUUCCUCCUCACUAGAAAAAAGUACAAUUGAGGAAAAUAGUAUUGUUGGGAUGGAGGAUGACUUCAACAUCAUACUUGAUCGCCUCACUGCCAAAACAGACGAGUUAACUGUCAUACCAAUUUUUGGUAUGGGCGGUAUAGGUAAGACAACUCUUGCUAGAAAAGUUUAUGAUGAUUCAUAUGUUCGUUCUCGAUUCGAUAAACAGGCAUGGGUCACGAUCUCUGAAGAAUACAAUGAGAGACAAAUGCUUCUUGAACUUGUCUCUUCAAUUAUGGGAAGCAAGCAAGAAGCGAGCAAUGAUGAACUAAUGGAGAUUUUGUAUAGAGGCCUGAAGGGUAGGAGAUUUCUAAUUGUCAUAGAUGAUAUUUGGAGUACUAAUGCUUGGGACCAAAUGCAAAGAAUAUUUCCAAAUGAUGACAAUAGAAGCCGAAUUCUAUUAACCACUCGGCUCAAGUAUGUUGCUGAUUAUGUCAGUUGUCCUGAUUUUCCACCUCAUAGUAAGUCUUUCCUAAGUCUAGAAGAUAGUUGGAAUCUAUUCACCGAGAAAAUAUUCAAAAAAGAUCCAUGUCCUCCUCUGCUAGAAGAAAUAGGGAAGCAUAUUGUACAACAAUGUCGAGGAUUACCCCUCUCGGUUGUUGUUGUUGCUGGACUUGUUGGAAAAAUGGACCCAACACAUGAUAAUUGGAAGAAGGUUGAGGAAAAUCUGAGCUCGUUCUUUGGUACUGUGUCUGAACGGUGCCAAUCAAUUCUUUCUCUGAGCUACACUUAUUUGCCCCAAUAUUUAAAGGCUUGUUUCCUCUAUGUUGGAGGUUUUCCUGAAGAUAUGGAGAUUGAUGUUUCCAAGUUGAUUAGGCUAUGGAUUGCUGAGCAAUUCGUAAAGGCAAGAAGCAAUAAAAGAUUAGAAGUGGUGGGAGAGGAGUAUGUAGAAGAGUUAAUUGAUAGAAGUCUAAUUUUGGCUGGUGAACAAAGGGCUAAUGGAAGGAUGAAAAGUUGCAAAAUUCACGAUCUUCUUCGCCAAAUGUGCCUAAGGGAAGCUCAAACUGAAAAUGUUGUGCAUCUCAUGAAUGGGGAUGCUCUCAAAGCCAUAGAUGAUCAACGUCGAGUGAUCCUUGUGUCUAAUGUUGAAGAGAAGCAUGAUUAUCGUCUGCAAUAUAGCAGUGGUACUAUAAUACGUACCUUUAUUUCAAUGGAUAAAACUUUUCCAAAAGCGAUGCAUUCAAAGUUGAAGUUGCUUAAAGUAUUGGACGUAUUAUCAAUUGAAUACGAUUUCUCUUGGAUAAUACCUCAACUUGUACAUUUGAGAUAUGUUGCUGCAAGAAUUGGGGAAGGUCUUUCAUUAGCCAAAUUGAGAAAUCUACAGACCUUAAUUCUUCGAAAAUAUGUCUUUUUCAGACUAAAUACGAUGCAGCAGCCAGUAGAUAUCUCGAGAAUGUCAGAGAUAAGACGUUUGGAUUUAAGAUCGCCACAAUAUAUGUGUAAUCCUGUUAAAGCAGAAUACCCUUUGUGCCUUCUGAAUAACUUGCAUACACUUUAUCUCUAUAACUCUCCUUUUAUUGCGGAAAUCAUAAGAAGAAGUCCCAAUCUGAAAAAGCUAACGAUUUUAGAUAGAUCUAAGCAUCCUGAGUGGGCUGUUAUUCUUAAUUAUCAGAGUAUUUUACAGGAUCUGGAGACACUAACCAUCGAUACAGAAGAAAACAUUGAUCCGAUGAUUAUCUCUGGCGAUAUUUCUCUUCCUAAUAUUAAGAAGUUGACACUAAUAGGUACUCGUAUACCAUGGGAAGAUGUGAAAUUUCUGGCUAAUUUACCCAAUCUUGAGGUGUUCAAAGGGUUUCGUGCAUUUGCUGGAACAGAUUGGAAAGUUGAUGAAGAUGUUGUGUUUCACAAAUUAAAAUAUCUACUACUGAGUAAUUGCUAUAAUCUGGAAAGGUGGGAAUUAGCAGCUGGUAGUGAUAAUUUUCCGAUGCUUGAGCAACUAAAACUGAUUGAUUUUCAUGAACUGGAGGAGAUUCCCGAGAGUAUUGGAGAUAUAAUGACACUAAAAUUCAUCGAGAUAUUUUUUUGCAGCUCUGGUGCAGAGAAUAGUGCUAAGAGAAUUCAACAAGAGCAAGAGAGCUUGGGAAAUUAUGAGCUUCAACUUCAAAUUAUUACUCCUAUAUCUCGGAGAGCUCGCCAAUAAUAGAGAGUCGAGCUAAUUUCAACUCAACAAAGUGACGUGCUCUCGAUUGAUGUUGUUUGGCAACAUUUAACUUCUGUUUAGGUGAUGUUUUUUGGAGCUGUGUUUUGUGCAGUUUCUAUGCUAGUUUUUGUGCUGAUUUUUGGUGGUUAGGUGUUGCUGUCUGCGCAGCAGUUUGGUGGCGUUUUGGAGCUUCUUUUGUGCAGUUUGGUGAUGUUUUUCGGAGUUGUGUUUUGUGCAGUUUGAUGCUGAUUUUUGGUAGUUUGAUGCAGCAAGUUGGUGCUGAUUUUUUGGUGGUUUGAUGUUGUUGUCUAGUGUAUAGUUUGGUGCUGAUUUUGCAGUUGUCUACUGAUUUUUUUGGUUGUUUUGGUGCUGUAAUUCGAUAGCUGCUAUUUUUUGUUGUAGUUUAAGCUAUUUUCUGCACAAAAAUUGUUGAAAACAGAGCACUAUAGUUCAAUUAAGUUGCUGAUUUUUGAAUUUUUCUGCAAUUUUAUGCAGUUUCAUUGAUGUAAUGACCGAUUAUUAACAUGAAAAUAAAAUCAUAGUUUUGCUCACAAUAUUUUCUCAAUUGUGUUGUUACCUAGCAUUUUGCUUGAGCAACUAAUACUGGAUCGUUUGUAUAAUUUGAUGGAGAUUCCGGAGAGUAUUGGAGAUAUAAUGACACUAAAAUCCAUCGGAAUAUCAUGGUGCGGCUCUGGUGUAGAGACAAGUGCAAAGAAAAUCCAACAAGACCAACAAAGCUUGGGAAAUUAUGAGCUUCAAGUAAUAAGAUGAAGAAAGAGAAGGUACUUGAAGGAAGCUGGUGAUGAUUGAUCCUCCGUUUAUAGAGUGAUAGAGUAAUCUUGUCAAAUGUCAAGAAUUGAAUGGCAAGGUACAAUUCUUACGAGUUCUUCUAACGGUUUUCUCUUGUGUAAUACAUGAGCUUGUACAUUUGAGAUAUGUUGCUGCAGGAAGCUCUUUCUCUGGGGAUGUUUUCAAGAAGUUGACAUUAUCAGAUACGAAAGUACAGUGAAUGUACCACUCGUUGGACGCGUGACUGAGGUAUCUCGAAGAGCUUCGAUGCUUUUAACACAUGCUCUGAUGGGGUUUGGAAAAGAUCCCUCCAUGUAAAAGUGUAGUGCCCUGGCUUUAAGUGUUUCAAUUAGUUUUCUUCUAGCUGA